AAGUAUUUGUAGACUAAAGUAAAAUGUGCACUUUCUACUUCGUCUGGCACAAAAAGAGGCAUUGCCAUUUCAAUGACAUGAACAGGCCCGUUGCCGACGACUCUACGAGACUAGGCCUAGGCUAGACUGAUGCGGGGGGGUAGGCCUAGGCCUAGUAGUACUACUAGUAGUGGGGCCCUUCCCCCACAACUGUGGGGUCCGACGUCUGCUCCGUUUCAUGGGAGUGGAGUGGACGUCGGACCCCACAGUUCUGGGAGUAGCUGGGGAUGGGGGGAUAGGCUAGCCUGGGUUGGACAUCGUCUAGCCAAUGUAGGCUACAUUGCAUUGUGAUUAACGUUCAGGGCAGGAGGACUUUAUACCGUGGACGUCAGUCGUAGUGUAAAUGAAGACAACAUCCAACUUGGGCUAGGGUUAGGCCAAACCUGCUAACCCAAAAGUGGAACUUUGGCACUGUGUGAACACAUACAUGUAUUAUUACAAGGCCUAACAUUAAUGUGCCUUGGAACACUACAUCAUAGGAUUGUGAGAUCAUAAGAUGCAUGAUGAGUCUUGGCCAGAACAUACUAGAUGCCAUUGCAAAGGGAGACAAGCAACAGGUGAUGAGGUGCUUACAGAACACAACAAAUGAAGAGAUAUCUGAGAUGCUACAUUUGUAUGCAUCCAGGCAGGACCAAGGGAAUGUUGCAGAUUUAGUACGUGCUAUCUUCCAGGCUUCACCUACCAAUGAACAGACGGCUGUAAGGAGAAGGCUGAAUGUUUAUAACACGGCUAUCAGUUUACUGCAGAAGGAAGAUUUAACCAAAAGAGUAGCAUCAGAAAUUGUUGGGAUUCUGCUGAUGGAGACAGAUAAUCUCCCAACCAGUCACUUGGCUGAGCUGGCUGGUACAUUUACCGAUGCUGUUAGAUCAAGGGAUCCAACUUCUGGAAAGGCAUUUGAACUACUGCCCAAAAUCCUGUCAUCACUUGCUGCAAAGGAAACCAUAACCUAUGGAAACAAUAAGAUGUCAGGAGUGGAAUAUAAGAAUAGUGUGAUAACCACUCUGACUUCCAGUAGAUGGGAUCCACAUUGUGUCAUACAUCUUGCUUCAAUGUUCAGGGAUGUUGUUCUAAGCAGUGAUCAGCUGAAAUCUGUCAUCACAAAGAUUCUGAGGCUGUGUAAGGAUGUUGACUUGCAGGAACUACCACCACUGGUUUACCAGCUUCUUCUCUUAUCAACCAAGGGCCAUAAGAAACUGGUGUUGGAAGGACUGACAUCAUACAUCAGUGAACAGGAUCAACAGUGCAAAGACCAACACAAACAGCAAAAUCUAAAUGCAGAAGCCUUAAACACCAUCUCCCAGGAUGCUUUGCGUCAUAUGGAAGGCACUGUAAUUUUUCAUGUGACAUUUACUGUCAAGCAAGAUCAAGACCUGGGCCGUGAAUUCAUCAAGUUUCUGAAGGCAGGUCUGAUGAGUGAUACCACGGCCAUUCUUUCACCAUUCACGGUAGCAUUGGCACUCUCCAUUGCACAGAUUCAUAGAUUUGAAGAACCAAUCUAUGAUUUCUUGAAGAGUGCUAUUUUGAAAAGUUUCAAAGAUGCUGCAAGACAGAAGUCAUCUCAUUGGAUUGCAGAAUUAGCCCCCUCGUCAAUGGAUGUAAGUGAACUCAUCUUGGAUACAGUUCAGAAUAGUUCAUAUGGCUGGGAUCAUGUCACCCAAGGAUUGGUACAGCUUGGCUUUACUCUUAUGGAUGCUUUUGGGCCUAGAGCAGGACCUCUUGGCAAAUCAACAGAGCACCAAACUUGUACUGACAGUCCCAACCAUCAGGCAUGUUCGUUGGGCUGUCAGAUCCUUCUCAGUACCUUCAAGGCUCAUGAAAUGGUACGCCCAGACAUCUUGGAGCAACUUCUGAACCGUAUUGUUACAAAGAGUUCUGCACCAGUCUCUCAUUACAUCGGUCUUCUUGCCAACACAGUGAACUCUGCUCCACAGAUUCUUCUGGACUCUCUACCCAAGGUGCGAGAAGCAUUUGACUACCUGGCAUUCCUACCUCCAUCCUCGGCAGAAGGUCUCUUGAAAGCUGUGCAACCAUUAAUGAUACUCAGUGUGUCUCUGAAAGAUUCUCUUAUGUUGGUACUGCGGAAGGCAAUGUUUUCAAGGCAAGUUGAUGCUCGUAAAAUUGCUGUAUCUGGAUAUCUACUGAUUCUAAAAAGUUUUCAAGUAGAUAAGUGCUUACAAUCCUGUCAGCUGUCAAGCCAGUCCUACAUGUCAUCAUCAAGUCAGACAUUGGUUGACAUCCACACCAGAAGCCACCCUGUCAACAACUAUGAGACCAUGGUAUGUCUGGAGAUACUAGGCAACCUGAGGCGUUGCUUUACUCAACAAGGCGAUGUUAGACUCAUCUUGUACGAGGGUUUGUAUGAAGUCUUAAGCAACAACUCCAAGUUAUCAGAUACAAUUGUAGACAUGUUAAGCAAGCAGUGGAUGCGGUACUAUGAAACUGAUGAAGACAAACAUCCACCAAUCAAGCUGAACGAGUGCAUCGUAAGACAGGCAGAUCAGAUUUCCCUCACAGAACCAUUGUCACACCUGCUGCUGUCAUUGUGCCAUUGUGUUCUGCAAUGUAAGAAACUGAUUGAGCCCUCUAAUGACAAGGAUGAGGCAGAAGAUGACGAGGCUGAAGCUCACAUGCAAAACCUUAUUGAACUACAAGAGGAGAUGUUUGAUUCCCUCACACGACGCAUGAUCAAAUGUGACUUGGAAGAUUUUGAAUUGGACAAGUCUGCUGACUUCUCCCAGGCUGGUACAGUGGGAGUCAAAAAUACCAUCUCUGCCAUCUUAGUCUUAGGUGUGUAUGAAGUGCUCAUGGAAUACAACCUCACUGACACUGAUUACAGCACUGCACAUGGUGAGCUGUUACUGAAACUCUUCACCAAGUACCACAGUUUGGCUGAGAUACUGAAAGAGAAGAGCAGCCAAAAGAGCAAAGCCAGUCACAAGGCAACACGUAGCCUUCUCUCCAUCAAGUUUGUUGCUUCCAUGAUGGAGGCACUAUUCAGUGAUGAUGCUCCAGACCAUCAGGAGUGUCUCGACAUGCUGCGUGAAAAACCUGACUUUGUUCGCUAUGUAGUCAGUAUCGCAGUGCAGAAGAUACAGCAACUGGGUGACAAGGGACAUUGUGAUGGUCCAGAAGGAAGUAACCUUGAAAAAUUGUAUUCCUUGUGCUGUUCAAUCUCCAAAACGUUUCUUCACAAAUUUACUACUGACACCAUUACAUCAACAGAGCAAGGCAAGAAGGAAAAGGGAAAAGCCUUGUCAUCGUUGUGCCUGGAAGGUCUGUCUUCAGCAGUGAAUGUGAUCUGUAGUCGCUACCCUAAUCGAGUGGCUGAUUAUCUCAGACUGAUUGACACUGACCUCAGUACUGAACGCAGUCAACGAAACACAAGGACGGAGGAAGAAAUUGUUCAUCUACACAUCAAGAAAUUGCAGCGUCUUGUGAUGAACCAGCUGACUGCGCAUGAUAAUUCCUGUAUUAAGGAUGCCAUGCAUCUGUGUCACAUCAUCAUGCUUCUGUCCAAGCAUCUUCAGUCAAAUGGAGCUCAGUUUGCACAGUUGCAUGACUGGGUGUCUAGAGUAUGUGCAGAACAAGAUAUUGAGGAUUCAGGACUUGUCAAGGCUCUGAUGAACAUGCUAUUCACAUUGACUCAGCAAUGUACCAGCUCAUUAAGCUGCCUACUUCAUGUGGCCCAAGAUAUACACAGUCAAAUUGGUGAUGUUGAUGAGGAUGUGGAAGUUGAAUCUAGCACGCAUUACUCCAUUGUCAGCCAAAGGACUGCAGCUCCAACAGUUCUGUUACUGCUGAUGUCUCAGGUUGACAGGAGUUUGGAAGAAACAGAAUGGGUCUUAAAUCGCAUGAAAGCAGAACUUGUUAGUAGUUCUGAUAAAGACAGUGACUUGAGUGAAUUGACCCAACAGGAGGACUGUGAGAAGGCCGUGUGUAUAAGACUCUGCAGGAUAACCAAUGCAUUUCAUGAACUAAUCCAAUCAGCUAUUCCUGUUGGCCCGUGUGUAGAUGCCACUCUAAAAGCUGUCACCAGAAUGUACACCACCCUCACCCUUUUCUGCAAAUAUUAUCUGGCUGUGUACAGUCAACAAGCCGGCCACAUAUCUGCAAGGUUUGAAAAACUCAUCAAGUCAGUAGCAACACUUCUCACACAACAUGCAUAUGGGAUGAUCAACUUCAUUCAGACAUCGCAGAGUGAGCGACUAAUGAAAUUAGGCAAAGUAAAGGACAAGAAGAGAGGAGAGGGUGAUAGCAAAGCCAAGGGAGUGAUGAGAGAGACCAGAGGAAUUCCAGCACUGAUCUUUACAAUUGAACAGUUUGAACAGUUUCUUAUCAAACUGUCAAAGAAAUCCAAAGUUGACCUAAUGCAACAUGUAAAGUUAAGUACUUCCAGGGAUUUUCGUAUCAACCAGCAAACACUGCAGGAGGCCCUACAUAAAGCCUCUUCGACCUCAGAAGAAGAAAGUUCUUCAGAAGAUGAGAGUCAACCACCUUCAAAGAAAACCAAGCUGGACACAACACAGCAAGGUUCAAGCAGCAGCAAAGGGAGAAAGAGAAUCAAAUGAAUCUUGAUAACAUCACCAGUAUGAUUUAGCGUGAUUCAUUGAACAUCGUUUCAGAGGGGAGGAGGGAGGUAUUAGAACAUUUCAAAGUAAACUUGAGUACUGUUUGUCAGUUCCAGUUUUCAUAAUUGAGAAACAAUUUUCAAAGGCUUUAUUAAUGUUCCAUGCAUAGGGAUCAUCUUAUCACAAGUCAGAACAGUUGCCCUUUCAGUAGAGCAGCAGAAGCCAGUUUCUGAAAAGCCCAGCGUAAAACAAUUGACUUUGUCAACACUGGUACAUAGACCUGUAAUAAAUCAAUUGAGAAAUUUUCAUCCUUACAGACAGUUCACUCCUCAUUACAUGUAUAGGUUGCAUUUUACUUGCUUUAAUAGAUUUUUGUCAAUACUCACUGUUGACUAUUUCCCCUUUGGAAACCCUUGUUAUGAAUUUUUCUAGACUUUUUCCUUUUUUUUAACAGAUUUUCCAGCCUAUUCAUUGAAAUUAGCAAUUGAAAGACCAUACUGGACCAGUCUUAUAUACACAUGCAUGCACAUUUAUUGUUUGUAAAAUCGUUGGUGUCUUAUGAUCCGGCAAAACAUGCACUAAGUACGAGAACAAGAUUUUGAGAAAAAUUGAAACGUUUGUGAGUUUUCAAAUGAAAAAUUUUAGCGGGUAAUGUUCACAUUCGCAGGUAAUAAAAUGUGGUGUCAAAAUAAAUCUGUGUUGAUUCAUGAAUGUUGUUAAAGGGAAGAUAUUUAAGUGAAAGAAAGGUUUCCAGUUCGCAAAACCAUUUCUUAAAAUUUUGCACAAUAGUUUGUUUUACAAACUGACGCAUGAACUAUUUUGUCACUUUGUAAAACUAAUAUGAUACUAGUGUUAACAUCGUGAUGCAAUGCUGGUAUAUACUACGAACUGACAAUGCAAGUGAAAAUUCAGCCAGAUCGUUUUCAUGUGCUGAAUUCUUGUUUACAACCCACCAUUAGCAUCCAUCGUAAAAAUUACUGGGUGAAAAAUUUCAAAGUGUAUUGCCUAAAUAUAUAUUCCCUUCUCAUAUAGAAAACAUUAACAUACAUCAAAACAUAAACAGACAAAGUAAUUAUAUCCAUGUCAUUUUAUUUACUCCAGUAUAGAACAUUACAAUUGAGUUAUUUCUUGCACUAAAAUAAUUUAUUUGAGCAAUGGAAUUUCCAAAUGUGCCUGUAAUAAUUUCAUUUUAGCUGUUAUAAUUUCAAUAAAAUGAGCUGCAUUUUUUUCCUCCAGUUUAUUUUUUGCUCAUGUUUUUUAUUUACUCUAUUUUCGUGCAGUCCAAAACUUUGAGCUGCAGGUGUAAGAUAUAUCAAGACUCAUCCAAAUUCCAACACUUUUUUCCAUCAUAAUAUUCUGAAUUUUAGGAGUUUCCCAUUAGGAUAUUGGGACAUUUCAAAGCCGAUUAUUUCAUGGAUAUUUCUAGGAUAUUUCAAUUCAAUUCAAGUCAGGUUUAUUAUAAAACACCACUAAAAAAGAAGUCCAGAGACUUAUACUCUUCAGUUGACAUAAAGGGUCAAAAAAUAACUAUUAAAAACAUGAAAUUAAAUUAAUUUAAUAAGCAAAUCAUUGACGGAAUUGGUGAAGUUUCAUAUAUGCGAGUCCUUAUUUUCAGCUGUUCCAAUUGGUAUGAAUUCCUGAGUGUAGUGAAAAAUAUAAGUUAUGCUGAGGUGGCAAGAGAUGGCGAUGCCUAUCAGAUACAAGUAAGGAUUUUGCAAAUUUUCCAAACUUUGGUUAUAAAUUUGAAAUGGUUCUACUUAAGUAAAUGAAAUGGCAUAAUAUCAUUUUCCUUAGGGGCAUCAAGCUUUUCAAACAAAAGCACUAAAUCACUUGGAAUGGGUUUAUCAAUUAGAAAGGCCUCUUGAUAGUCACCGUCAUCUCUGUGUGGCUGGAACUGAACCUAGACAGAAAAUAAAAUUAAUGGCUGUUAAAGUAAUCCUAAAAGCCUAAUUGUUUUUCUAGUUAGUGUAAAACCAAAGUAAAAAAAUGGCCUGGAGAAAUUGCUCUGUAAGUUACAUGUAGUUUCCACAUUGACACAGCUUCAUCAUCUGUUUUAUGUUCAGUGACAUUAAAACUUCUGUAAACAAACUGCAUAGAAUAAUAUAGAACCUAAAAAUACAGAAGAAACUGGAGUUAACAAACAUCUUCAAGUCGAUCCACUGAAGCCAUACAAUACUAGUUCAUAUGUUUAUGUUUACUUGACAGCUUGAUUCCAAAAUGGGACAAUAGAUACAACAGUCAAGGACAUUAAGAAAAUUUUCUGUUUUUGUUUUUGUGCUUUUUGGUUUCUGUACCAAAGUCUUAAUUCUUAUUUGAAACUAGUUUAAGACGGAUAGAUUUGCUUAGAUUUGUAAUGAAGCCAUUUCCUAAAAACAUGGCAAACUAACAAUAUAAUUAUAUGGAACUCCUUGUGCCUUAAAAAGAUCAAAAUAAACCAACCUGGAGUGGUGAACUCUAUCUUCUCGUUGGGCUGCUACCUUGAUGUCUAUAGUGACAGGCAAGAAUAUCCUUCUCACAAAAAAAGACAAAAUGUUUUAAAGACUGUCCACAUUACACACACUUUCACGACUGUUUUUAAAUAAUUUAAAAAUAAUGUCAUUUGAAAGGAACAUACAAGAUAAAUUUGAUUAAUGAAUUUGUAGUGUAACAGGAAUUCUUAAGGAGGUAGAAAUGCACAUCAUUUGGAUUGCAGUAUAAAAACAACUCAUGAUUUGCAUGCGCCUCAAGCAUUUUUCCCUCAGUUUACAAACUAGCCACUUAUUUUCAAGGGGUUCAGUAUUAGACAGUGGUAAGGCUAGCGACUGUUAAUUAGGUUAGAAGUUAGGCUUAAGGUUACCACAAGGAUCAAUGUGUGCAUAAUCUAUUACUUGUACAACAGCAACAUUAUGAAUCAUAUUAUCACAUGAUGAUGAGGCACAGUAAAAGUCACUUUUAAAAUAAAAUUAAUAAACUCUCUCUCUCUCCACAUUUCACAGGUUUUAGAUAACUUCAUCUAUAUAAUAUACAAUCGUUUUUGUUUGAUAGUGACUUUGUCAGUUGGGAAAGCACAGCAUCCCUGAGAAACAGUACAGUUUUGUUUCAUGAACUGACCAUAUUAUUGCUUUGCCAUUUCAUAAUGUUGAAAUUUCGACACAUUGAUUUAUUUCGUUCACAAGACUUUUUAAAGAUGCUCUGUAUCUGAAAAUCUAUGGCAUUUCAGGGGUUGAAGUUUCAUGUGAUGCUACAUUGUAAUAAGUAUGUUAUAUGUGAAAAAGUGAGAAUCGAAAAAUGUAAGCAAUUUGUCGGUUUUUGCCGGU